AUGUCACAUCUAGACUACAUGCGCCUAGCCCUCUCCUGUGCCCGCAACUCACCCNCCAAACCCACAAACUUCUGCGUCGGCGCCGUGCUCGUCUCGCCCUCAAGCCCCGAACCCAUCCUCGCAACCGGCUACACCCUCGAGCUACCCGGCAACACCCACGCCGAGCAAUGCUGUCUCGCUAAACUGGCCAUGAGCAUGAACAUCAGUGAAGAACACGUAGGCUCAAUCAUGCCAGAAGACACUGUGUUGUACACCACCAUGGAGCCGUGCGAUUAUCGCAUGUCCGGGAAUCUGGCUUGUACGGAAAGAGUGCUGUUGACGAGAAGUGCAGCGAGUACGGGGCAUAAGGGUAUUCAAAAGGUGUAUAUUGGGGUCAAGGAGCCAGAGAAGUUUGUGGGUGAGAACAAGGGCAGGAAAAAGCUUGAGAAUGCUGGUGUACAAGUCAUUCACGUCGAGGGUCUGGAAGAAGACAUUUUGAAAGUGGCUACAGCAGGUCACGUAGAGACAGAAGAAGAAGAUCAAUGA